AUGCUGGUUACCUAUUUGGAAGCCAGCCGGGACCUUUGCGAGACGGACUCAAUUCUUUUUGGCGCCGCGCUGGCAGUCUGCCGUAUCAUAGGCGCCAAGGUUUCCACGGCUGGACGCGCUACUGGCCAUAAUAGCGCUAUCCCAGCAUGGAGAAGAAGAAUUGAGGAACGUAUCGCAAAGGCUAGAGCUCUCAUCGGCAGACUGAUAUGCUUCAGAUCAGGCAACAACAGGCCAAGAAUUGUGCGCACCGUCAGGAUGGCGUUUGCUGGGACAAAUGUCAGUUUGUCCCAGCCGGAUAUAACGCAAAAACUGACGGAGCGCAUAGAUGAUCUGAAGCAGAGAAUCGCUGCUUGGGGAAAGCGGAUUCGGCGAUAUACCGAGAGGUCGACACGGUUCAACCAGAAUAGUCUCUUCCAGAGUGAUCAGAAGAGGCUCUAUGAAUCAUUGGAGCGACCAAUGGUAAGUGGAACGGGUCCAGCACCGAAUCAGGCCGACACUGUAGCAUUCUGGCGCGGCCUGUGGUCAGAGCCCGUAAACCACAGCGAGGGCCCUUGGACGGAAGUUGUGGCGAGUCAGUGUGCGGGUAUUACGCCCAUGGACCCCGUCAUCAUAACGCCGGAUGACGUAGCUGAGGCGGAGUCUACUCAUGUAAAGACUGCUGCAUUAUCGAAAUCGUUGAACACUAGCAUAAAAGCCCAUUUCUUGUAUCCUAAAUUAGUGAUUUUAGAAGAGACAAGGAAAGUGAUAAUUGUGGAUAUUGAGAACAAAAGUAACGAAGAGGAAAUUAUUUCAUUCGAUUUGGAAUAUGAUUUUGUUGAUGAUAUUCUACAGGACCAUAUUCUUUGGCUUACUCUGAAAUCCUAUGAGCUUGUAGCUAUCAACGUUCAUAUGUGCAAAUUAAUCAAAAUCAAGUGUAAUAAUUAUGCUUACUACAGAAUUAAACAGUUUGGAAAAGUGGAAAAUAAUAUAUUACUAAUGAGCGAAAGUGGGGAAUGUCUGGCUAUCCCUUUUACAGCUGUAGAAUUAGACAGUAAAAUAAAGGAGGGUGAAAAAGAGAUUACAAUUUCGCUUGAAAAGCUGAACAUUAGCCGAUCUGUUGUAAUAUCUCAGCAUACAAAAAUUGAUUUGAAUGGUUUUAAUGCAUAUAUUGAAACGGGUAAAAUCAUUUUAGAAUGUAGUAUUACAGGCUUAUCAGAGAUGUUAUCUGCAAGUGUUGAGUUAGAGUAUGUUGUUCCAUGGGGUCAGUCAGUCAUAUUGGGCAAUAAAUCUAAAAUGUGGGUAAUAGAUCUUAGAAAUUUCAAUACAAUAUUUGAAUUUCAAAAAGUUGAGUCUAAUUAUUACCCCUUAAAAGCUGUCAAUAAAACAUUCUAUUACUUAUUAUGGGACAAAGAAAAGGUGCAAGUUUAUGGUGCUUCAUCCCUACCUGCUCAUCAUGAACUAACUGAAAUCUCCAACAACAGUGUGUCAAACAAAUCAUCACAAGAUAAUCUUAAGGUCCAGUUAAAUUUGUUAAUUGAGACUGCUCUAUCCCAUGUCGAACCUACUCAGUAUUCUGAAUUAAAAUUGCCAAUAGAACCUAAUGAUAUUGUAAGCAUUUUAAAUGCUAUACCAUAUAAUAUUAAAAUAGGGACACUUAUUAUUUGGUUACACAAUUUUAUUCCAUCUAUUUUGGAAGAAAAUCCAUUUUAUGUUGACCUCUUUGUCAAAUGGACAACUGAAAGAGUUUUUGAUUUAGAACGAUCACCAUACUGGCCUAAAAUAGGCUUAAAGUUUAUUCAGGAAGUCAUCUCUGUGCUAGAAAAUUCCAUCAAAACUAUUGCAAUAAGGCCAACGUCUUUAGAUGACCUAGAUGUUUUGAAGGAUCAUGUUAAUUACAUCAUGGAGUUAAAAGAGAAGUAUAGAAUCAAUAUGUUACUUAGUGAGUUAAGUUCCCAGAAUCCAACUGAAGUAGCUCUAAUAAUGUUACGCCGUUGCUACACAGAGGAUUUGGAAGAUUUUCUCCAAAACAACUUGCCAAGUUAUGCAUCCCGUCAUUUAUUCGAAUUAGACGACAUGUUACAAUCAUUUAUAGAAAGUGAAGCAGCAAUGAGUGGAGGUAGUGUUGAUGGUAUUCGUUUGCAAAUGUUAUUAAAUGCUUUUCGUUCAACUAGUAAUAGACUUGGAUGUCUCCUUCAAGUGUUAAAAGUGUUGGAUGUGCCAUGGAAUAAUACUAUAGUGGACCUGGCUGUUACUGCUGCUGCUUCUGCAAAAAAAGAUUUUACAGUUACUGAUGCAGAUGGACAGUUGGCACAAGAAAUUCAUAAAGAGUUAAACUACGCAAAACUUAAGGUUGUAUUAAAAAAAUAUAACUUUCCUUUAACAUGUACUGAUUACAAUUUAGUGCUUCAUAAAAUAAUUGAUUCUCCACUUAUUGAUCUUACUGAUUUAGGAGUUAUCACAAGUGUUUUACCAACAUAUGCAAAUCUUAGCAGCAUUUUAUAUAUUCAUAAAUGUCUACAGAACUGUGAAACAAAGCAAGCUUUAAACUAUUUCAAGCAAUUGAAAAAUAAGGAAAAAAGGAAAUUACUUAAGACUAUAAUUAACAAAUUUGAACUCAUCAUUAAUGGAGCAAAGUCCAAUGUUAAACUUGAAAGAAAUUAUCUUGACUUCUUAAAAGGUACUCAGUCUGUAGAUGAUAUGCAAAUGACAACUUUAGAGAAUUUAUAUCACCUUAAAAAUUCAUACGAUAUUACGAUAAGCAUGAAUGAAAUAUAUAAAGAAAAUUGUUGUGAAAACAAAUUGAAUACAUGGAUUCAAAGUGAUGGUGCUCUAGCAAGCUCAGGACGUGGUAGGUGUAUAACUCAUUUGGUAAAUAAACAUCUGUCGAGGAAUUCUGCUUUGUUAGUUCAGUUACGUCAAACUUCAACGAGCCAAGAAGUCCGCGAAUUCGUUGAAUGUAUGUUAUUAUCUGAUCCUUGUGAUUCUAAUAUGACAUCAAUUUUGUCAUCAUUUAAAGAUGGAAAUAAUUCUAAACUCUUGAUAGAAUCUAAUAAUAUACUAUCAGAAUUAGUUUCAAAGUGUAAUGAAGAAUAUUUACACUACUUAAUUAAAAGACUAUCUAUUUUGAAUUCUUUAAUAAACACAAAUAUUGUUUUAAAGAAUUUAUCAGUGGCAUGGAAAUUUCAUUAUAUAUUUUUACCCAUUUCCUCUGUCAAUGCCUUAAAUGAUUUAAUUGGCUUCUAUUGUAAAUUACCCACAAAUGAAAACAAUUUGGAAUGUGAAAUUUCGAAUAUUUGUAAUAGAAGUGAUUUUAUUCCAUUUAGAUUGAUUUCAUACUAUAUGGCUGUAGUGUUUGAAAUGGAAAAGAGUUCCUGUGAACAUUUACUAAAAUUGAGAGAUAUAUUAGCAAGAAAAAUGCUUACUAAGAUAGUUGCUUCACAGAAUCUAGAUAAUGCUCUAGUAACAAUUUUACUAAUAAUUUUAACCAAUUUCGAAGUAACGGAAGACAAAAUGUGGGUUUUAGAAACACUACGUGGUCAGUCUGACUCUUUUGCGCCUUCAGUUAUAUAUUAUUUAUCAGCUUCAGUGACACGUCUCAUAUUUGGACUAGACGGUAUUUUACCAGGAAACAUAAUAACUUAUCCUCCUCAAUAUAUUUUGAAGUCUAAAUUCAAUAUUGAUUUGUCAGAAGUUGCUUUACCAGAUAGUACUGAAGUGACAUGGGAUGCGAAAGUUGUGCUUUUCCAUGUCUUGAGGCAGUAUUCUAACAUCGAGUUAGAUCGUCUCUUUGAUUUAUGCCGAACUUUGAACGUAUCUUCCGAUGAUGGCUUAUCUUUGUUACUUAUAUCACUCUUAACUAAUUGGGAUAUAAAGUAUAAAUUAGUAGAUGAUGAUCUUGGUUGUCCUGAACUGAAAUUGCUGAAUGAUGAAAAGGAAAUUAUUUCUAAAUGCUUUAUAAUCUGGGAAAGUAUUCAAAAUAGGGAUUUUCUUCGGGAUGUAUUAAAUGACUUCUGGAAAAACGGCGAAGUGAUAUUGCACGGUUGUGUGGUCUCAAUUAAUCCAUACUAUUAUGAAUUAUAUUUUUGUAUAUAUCAUCUCAUAUUUAAAGCAACUACAGACUCUCGCAAUAUUAAGCAAUAUUACCUUUUAAAUUUUUUAAAAGAAUACAAGAGAAAAAGUACGCCCAAACAAUACGAGUUUGAAUUAUUCUCAGUAAAGGGCAUGUUUCCGGAAAUUGGGUAUUAUCGUCUACCUUUUCACCUUUUCAUGCGCGAUGAUAUGUGGACUCAUUUAAAAUCUGAGAUAACUUUAGAAACUUAUGAACGUUGGCUGCCUAUUGCUGGUAUAUUAUCACUUGAUAAUGACUUACAAACUGCCAGAGAUAUGAUUUGUAGCAAUGCUGUGAAGCAAACGAUGACUUCAAGAACGCGUAAUGAAGGCCCUGAAGUAAAUUCGAAGGAAAACGAACCAUGGCUAUUGACUUCUCGAGAAGAGCCUUUACUUCGUACAGCUCAUAGAUGUGUACGUCAUAUCGCAAAUAUGGAAUGGGCGGGUGCAUGUCUUUUCUAUGUCUUACAAGGGUGUGCUCGAGGAGCUGAUCAAGUAGCCGCAGCUCAUUUGUGCUUCCAGUUUUCUCAACGUUGGGCUGCACUUCAGCCAGGCAACCGCGCUGUUCGACAGAUGGAACGUUUACAUUCAACGCUUUCUACGCGUCAUGCUUUGCAUAAAAUAGAUUGGGCUUGUGAAGAAUUUAUUCGGCUGUCUACUGAACCAGCACAGCUUAUACACGCCAUGUAUCUUCAUCCUAAUUUUGUAGAUAAGAUAGCUCGUCAUGAUGUCAAUCGGGCAGCAAAUGAAAUAGCAGACAAAAAUGGUAUCAAUAUAAGUUCCAUUAGAAUCCAAAUUUUAGAAAACAUUCUUGAAAAAAGUCAAAAAGAAAGAAGAAGUUUUCCAGGUCUUAAUACAAAAGAGUUGAUUACCGCAAAAUAUAUCCUAAAAGCUACUUGCCCGAAGAUGGGAGCUAUUUAUUUAUCGCGAAUUGCUUUUGACGAUGAAAGUGACUUUAACAAAUGCAAAAAACUUAGAGCCUUUCAGUGUUUGAUGAGCAUUGUAGAUCCUGACACUGCGGUCAAAGUUACCAACCGUGUACGUGAUUCGCUUUGGUCGUCACUUUUGGAGUUGUUAUAUAUAGUCAAUCUUGAAUCGAUUGAUAUGCCCUGGAUAGUUGCCACGUUCUUACAAGAUAAGAUUCUUGCUAUCCACCAGUUACUCCAAGUUGCUAGUGGAAAUAUUGAAGGUUUAAAAAUUGCCGCAGAAUUGGCAUAUAGAUACGGAAAUUUUCAAAUUAUCCACGAUAUAAUUCCGUUACUGCUUCGUGCAUCCUUGUAUGAAGAUAUUAUUCCAUUAUUACUAAAAGUGUUUCAUCCUCCAAAUGAUAAUAUAUGCACUGCUUGGCGAGCAGUUUUGUUAACACCCUUUCAGCGCGCAGAUUAUCCUAUAACAGAACGACAAAGGAAAAAAUGUCUCAAUGUGUUAAAUUUGUUACCAAUAUGCCCACUAAUAAAAGAUGAAGACUUAAUAGAAAUAUGGAAAAAUUGUGUUCGAUGUAAAUGCCUUGGCCUUGGUUGCUUAGUUUUGCCAUACAUGACUUCACAGACUAGGCAAAAAUUAACCGAACUACAAAAAAUUGAUAGAAGGAACCUCGUCAUAAGUCUUAAAAAUUUACAAGCAGAAUCAUAUCUUGUUUCUGGUGCAAUGAUUGUUCUUGAAAAUAUGGGUUCAAAAGUUUAUAAAUAA